ACCUCCCAGGAAGUGGCCAGAAGGGUUAGUGUGUGGUGAAGUAGACCUACAAAGAUGUCAGGAAGGAAACAUCUGCUUUGGAAAGCAGGGCUAAACGUCUGAAAUACCUUGAUUAAAACAGCCUACGUUAAAGGCCCCACGCCACCUCCCUCAUGGUUUUCCUUUGACUGUCUUUACUGUGAAAUGGGCCUGAGCCACUCUAAGCCUCACCCGAGGGUGAUCAAAGUGGCACCUUUGCAAAACAAAGAGGAAGAGACACCCUGGGCUGGUCCUGCGGAGUUUGCAUUCACUCAGAACCUGGAAGAAAAGAGUACCUAUUCGCUGGCCAGAAGGCAGGACCCGAGUAAAGCAUGGGAAGGGCAGUUGCCCCCGCUACGAGAGACCUGGUAUGGAAGAUAUUCUGCAGUGCCCAGGGCCAUGUAUUUUGACAUCCCACUGGAACAGGGAGAAACAAGUAUUAUUAAAAGGCAUCCACCCCGAAGACUUCAAAAGCUUGAACCCAUUGACCUGCCACAAGUAAUUACUUCUGAAAGGAUCUUGAGCCAGCGAGAACCCAGGAAGACUCACAAAGCAAAGCAGGAAUUGGAAAAGAAGAUGCAAAUUCCAAUGUAUACUUCUGGGAAAAGACAAUAUUUACAUAAGAUGCAAAUGCUGGAAAUAAACCGGAAAAGACAAGAGGCCCAAGUGGAGUUGAAGAAAAGUCUGCAGCAGGAGGCGAGGAUUAAUAAGGAGAAACCGAGGGACAGCACAGCCAAGAAAAUCCUUGACAGCAUCCCCAGAGAUGACGGUGACUUUCUAACCGUGUUGCCUGAUGAAACCUUAAACCCAAGUCCAGGAAAUUCACAGAAUGCAGAAUUUUUAGAACAUCAUUCAAGGAAUGACUAUGGUCCCCGGAAAAUUGGCAAAAUGGAAACAUGGCUCCGUGAACAAGAGGCCCGGGGACAGGUGCUCUGGGACAGCUCUAGCUCGGACUCUGAUGAGUUGGGGAAAGUCAUGAAGAAACCACGAGCCCUGGUGAGGACCAGGACUGAGAGAAUCCCACCUUUUGACGAGUUUUUUGAUCGAGAAUAAGAAUGCUAUUCACUAACCUAGAUUCUCAGAGCACUGAAGGCUUACUUUCCCAUAAAAACUCUUCAAGUUAGUAUAUGAAUUAUUCUGAGGGAGCCAAUUCACUUGCUUUUUAUUUGAAGUCUUAUGAUUAACAGGUGUGGCAUAGUUUGUUAGUGAUGCUGCAUAACCAACUGCCUCGACACAUAGGGUCAUAAACAGCAGCCACAUGUUGUUUCACUCUUCUGUGGGUUGCUGGGCUCAGUUGGGUGGUUCUUCUGCUGGUCCCUUGUGAAGUCUUUCAUGAAGUUGAAGUCAGCCAGCAGCAAGGGCUUGACCAGGACACUGAGACAGCUGGACCUCACUCCCUCUCUAUACAGCCUCAGAGCCUCUUCACAUGGUCUCUCCAGUCAGGUAGUGAAUGAGGAGCCCAGGGCUCCAAAAAACAAAUGUUCCAAGAGGAGGAAGCAGAAGCUGCCAGUCCUCUAAAGGGUAAUCAUGGAACAGGUUCUGCAUCACUCCUACAUUCUGUUUGUUGAAGCAAAUCAUUGUCCAGAUCACAGUCAGUGAAAAAGGGCUUGAAUUCCAAACUGUGGCCCACUGGGUCCAUCUUUAAGACUUGCCCCUACACCAUAUUUUUAAAAAGCAAAUUAUAGCUUAUAAAGCAAAGAGAUGAGAAAGUAGAUUUGAUACAAAUAAAGAUGAGUUUUUAAAGAUGCUACAUUAGAGACUAAGUUCACUAAGUCACAGUCUUGUGAGUUAGCAGUUUCUGAUCUCAUAACUGAGAGGUUACAGGAAACAGGUGGAAUAAUGUCUCAUGUGAAAUGAAGAACUCUUAAGAGUAUGAGGUGAUUUUUGAACUCUUUAAAACUAAAAGGAAUGGUAAAAAUAUUCAAUACAAAAGUUACUCCAUUUAUAAAAAUUAGAUUUUUAGGUAGCUUUAAGAGUUUCUUUGGUGUAAAAUUAAGCUGUACUUUUAGCAUACUCUAAAAGUACUUUUAUGCCAUCCAGAAGCUUCUAAAAUAUUAGUAAAACUUAAAUCAAAAUACUCUUUUAAGCCUUAUUUAGGAGACCCCCUCUCAAAAUAAAAAGAGGGAGUUACCCCCUGAAUUUGAUGUUCAGUGCAUUUAAGUCAGUCACAAAGAACCGAAAAAGAAAGACUGCUGUGUCAGGGGCUAAACAAUCAUGUUUCCUUCAAGGACAAAAGGCCUCUAGGUCACCCCUAAGCAUUGUUACUCCCAGUUCUUUGCAAGAAGUAUUCUUACUUUUUCUGUGGUAUAUAAAAAGCAUAUUUCCUACAAAGGAAUACAUAAUGGUUUGGCCAGUCAGCCUUCUUGAAAAAGUAAAAUCCUUGAGAGAAAAAAUGAGUCCAACCUAUUCAUAAUGAAUAUUACGGUUUAUCUGGAAGGUUUACAACAAAGUGGGGUGGUCAGCUCCCAGUGUGGAAGAUAGUAGAGCUUAAGUAUAUCUUCAUCAUGGCGCUCUGUGACUUGAAAUUGGAAUAACACCUCCUUCUAGAACUCACUGGAUUGUGAGCUCCAUGAGGGCAUGGACCAUGUCUCCUCCAGGUGGCAUCCCCACAUCCUAGCACAACACCUGGCACUAAUUAAUAAAUGUUUGUUGAAUUCAUUAGCUUAUGUGUUGAGCUAACUAGCUAAUUAGAGAGGCACUUGUUUCUUUCCAGCUGUGCAGUUGCUCCCUCUCAUUUCCAUCAUUUCCCACGAGUCUGAAAUGUACAAGGCUGGUUAUUCAGUAAAGAAAGGAAAAUGUCUUCAAAAGCUCAUGAAAUGUAUACAUCUAAAUGGAUGGCAUGAAUUAGACAUUGCCUUGGGAUACAGGAGCUAGACACAUAUGUACCAUAGUGAGGAUGCCAUAGCUCAAAAAUUUUUUCAAAACUCUAUCAGAGUGUGUUAGCUGCAAAAAAAAAAUCAAUCAUAAUGGUGAAAACUAUAAAUUUCAGCCCAGGGGCAACGUUGUCAAUCUUCUUCAACUGAAAAUCUCCCCAGCUUUGGAAAGGAAAAUGGCUUGUCAAUGGCCAAAUGCAUGCUUCUCUUGUGAAAA